CUUGCAUGGCUUCCCUGGCUGAGCUGGGGGGCUGGGACACCCCCAGGCUCUGUGCUGGGGGUAGUGGGGUGGGUUACUGCCAGUCGUCCUUGGCACCCAAGGAAUGUGGUGAGCCCCUUGCUGUCUCUGCUGUUGUGCCCUGGAGAGAGAAAGGGGCAUGGUGGUCACCAUCAGAGGAAUCCUGCUGGAAUUAGUGUUGGGCAGUUGUUCACAAACUCCUACCAGUGUGUCCCAGUCAGCAGCAGCUCCAUGAGAUGCCCCAACAUGCUGUGGCUGGGAGCCUGUGCCUUGCGGUCUCUCACUCCUGAUGCUCCUCCAAGAGCAUCUUCGCCCCUAUCCCUGCCUGGACAUGUCCAGUGCUGGCCUUUCCCAGGAGCCAGCCGGCCCCAGGGAGGGGCAGCCACGCGGUCCCUGUGCUCCUGCAGGCCUCAAGCACCGGCGCGAGGUGGCCGGGAAAAGCGCCAUCUUCAGCGGGGAGCACUUCGUCCUGGAGGAGACCGACUGGUACCUGCUCAACCUCUUCCGCCUCUGGUGGCACUAUGGCAUCAGCUUCCUGCGCCUGCAGAUGUGGGUGGAGGAGGUGAUGGAGAAGUUCAUGAGGAUCUACAAGUACCAGGCACACGGCUACGCCUUCUCCAGCCUGGAGGAGCUGCUGCGCUCGCUGGGGGGCGAGGCCUUCGUGAACAUGACCCGGCGCUCGGUGGCCGAGUCCCUGCUGGAGGUCGGUGUCACCCAGCGCUUCGUGGACGACGUCAUCGCCGCCGUCCUGCGCUCCAGCUACGGCCAGUCCGUGCUGGUGCCCGCCUUCGCAGGGGCCAUGUCGCUGGCGGGAGCCCAGGGCAGCACCUGGGCGGUGGAAGGAGGGAAUAAGCUGGUGUGUUCAGGUCUGCUGAAGCUGACCAAAGCUAAUGUCAUCUCUGCCAGGGUGACAGGCAUCUCCCUGCACAGCUCGGAGGGGAGAGCCCUGUACCAGGUCCACUACGAGAGCACCGAAGGCCAGGGCUCGGCUUUCUACGACCUGGUGGUGCUGACGACUCCGCUGCAUCCCAGCAGGACCAACUUCACCUUCGACAACUUCCACCCCCCCGUCGCCGACUUCCCCGGAGCCUUCCAGCCCUCCGUCACCUCCGUGGUGCACGGCUACCUCAACUCCUCCUACUUCGGCUUCCCCGACCCCAAGCUGUUCCCUUUCACCAGCAUCCUCACCACCGACACCCCCGACCUCUUCUUCCACGCCAUGGACAACAUCUGCCCCGUCAACAUCUCGGCGGCGUUCCGGCGCAAGCAGCCGCAGGAGGCGGCGGUGUGGCGCGUGCUGUCCCAGCAGCCGCUGGACAAGCCCCAGCUGAAGACCCUCUUCAGGUCCUACUACUCGGUGCAGGUGGCGGAGUGGCAGACGUACCCGCGCUACGACGCCGCCAAGGCGCUGCCGCCCAUCGUGCUCCACGAGAACCUCUUCUACCUCAGCGGCGUGGAGUGGGUGGCCAGCUCCAUGGAGAUGACAGCGGUGGCCGCCAAAAACGUGGCGCUGCUGGCUUACAACCGCUGGCAUCAGGAGCUGGAGAAGAUCGACCAGAAGGACUUGAUGCACAAGGUGAAGACGGAGCUGUGACGCCCGCGAGGGGUGGUGGGCCAGGAGCUUUGGUGUGUGGUAGUUUGGGGAGUAUUUAUUGCCUUGGGGAGGCCGGGGGGGGCUGGGGGACAAGGGACAGGCUGUGUCCCGGUGACUUGAAAGCCUUCAGGAAUACAGUUCCUGCCCAGUG